CGCACACAUAGCACUCUAAGAAGCCCAACACAAUCACUUAUGGAAAUACAGGUAAAAUUCUUUCAAUUUUACGAUAAAUUAAUACGUCUGGGGAGACUGAAAGUGGGACCAACAUGAACCGAAGGAGAGCCGCCACACUCUGUUUCUUCAAUUUCUCCUUUUUUCUUAACUUCCACAUUAUAAGUGCCUUACACAUUUUUCAUAGCAAACACUGACCCCUUUAACUACAUCAGUAUUGUUUGUGUUUUGCUAAGUUUCUUUCUCUAUUGAUUUUAAUGGCGGAUUUCAAGAAAUGGGUGUUGAUGGCCACGGCUCAGACGCCCACCAACAUAGCCGUUAUCAAGUACUGGGGCAAGAGAGACGAGACCCUAAUUUUGCCUGUUAAUGAUAGUAUCAGUGUCACGCUUGACCCCAAUCACCUCUGUACUACCACUACCGUUGCUGUGAGUCCCGGUUUUGAGCAGGAUCGGAUGUGGCUUAAUGGAAAGGAAAUUUCUCUUUCUGGAGGGAGAUUCCAAAGUUGUUUAAGGGAAAUUCGUAGUCGGGCAUGUGAUGUCGAGGAUAAGGAAAAAGGUAUCAAGAUAGAGAAGAAGGACUGGGAAAAAUUGCAUGUGCAUAUUGCUUCAUAUAACAAUUUCCCUACGGCUGCUGGAUUGGCUUCCUCUGCGGCUGGUUUUGCUUGUCUUGUUUUUUCUCUUGCAAAGCUGAUGAAUUUGAAAGAAAAUCCGAGCCAGCUUUCUGCUAUAGCCAGGCAAGGUUCAGGCAGUGCUUGUCGUAGUCUGUUUGGUGGAUUUGUCAAGUGGAAUAUGGGCAAAGACGAAAAUGGAAGUGACAGCCUUGCAGUUCAACUUGUAGAUGAGGAGCACUGGAAUGAGCUUGUUAUUAUUAUUGCUGUGGUGAGUUCACGGCAGAAGGAAACUAGUAGCACUUCAGGAAUGCGUGACAGCGUUGAAACAAGUUUGCUAUUACAACAUAGAGCAAAGGAAAUUGUACCAAAACGCAUUGUAAAAAUGGAAGAGGCCAUAAAAAAUCGGGAUUUUUCAUCUUUUGCGCAAUUGACCUGUGCUGAUAGUAAUCAGUUUCAUGCUGUCUGCUUGGAUACGUGUCCUCCUAUUUUCUACAUGAAUGACACAUCCCACAAGAUCAUAAACUAUGUUGAAAAAUGGAACCGUUCUGAAGGAUCACCUCAGGUGUCUUAUACUUUUGAUGCCGGGCCGAAUGCAGUUCUGAUUGCAAGAAAUAGAAAGAUUGCCAGCAAAUUGCUUCAGAGGCUGCUUUUCUUCUUUCCCCCAAAUUCUGAUGCGGACUUGAACAGUUAUGUGCUAGGCGAUAGGUCAAUUCUAUAUGAUGCCGGCAUUGGGGAUCUAAAGGAUGUGGAAGCUCUGCAAUCCCCACCGGAAAUAACUAAUGUACCAGCCCAGAAAUACAAAGGCGAAAUCAAUUACUUCAUCUGCACCAAACCUGGGAGAGGACCUGUUUUGCUUUCUGACGAAAGCAACGCUCUUCUCAACCCUGAAACAGGGCUGCCUAAGUGAGCUUGGAGUAGAUUAUUCUGUCACGCUUUAUCCGUUCCCUUGUCUACUGUAUCAGAUAUUGCUAUGAACCAAAAGUGCAUCAUUCGAACAGAAUUUUCAAUUUACCAUAGGUUACUGUAAAAUGAUUCUCUGGAAUUUUUUAUCACAAAUUUGAAGUUGCAGUUGUCUGUAGUUUAAUCUAAACUUUUCCUCUUCAAUUUAUGUGAGGUUGUCUGAGACAAAUAGUGAAUCAAUAUCUUCUUCUCCUGUUCGUUCUGUA